UCUUAUGGUGAAAUGGAUGACUGGGACAACAGCGAUGAAUUCAUUCAGCGACUGGAUUUUUCCAGUUGUGGUGAAGAGAGUGAAGACAGAAGCAUAAAUGAUGAGGAUGCCCUGAGCUCAAGCCCCCCCAGGAGUUGUGAGUUCCAGAAGUGGCAACAGAGCAGUCCUCUGCCAGCAACCCCCCAGAGAAAGCUUAGUGAGAUUUUCCUGAGCAGGACAAGAGCCUGGGUGAGUCCCACCCUGAAGUCUUCCCCAGCUGUGAGCAAGAGCCUGGGCAAUGCUGAGACACCGCUGCACAUCACCUGGAAAAAGCUGCGGCUGUGUGACACGCCGUACACUCCUAAGAGCCUGUUAUCAAAGACAGCUUUUCCUUCACCUGCGACAAAGGUCCCACCCAAAGGCUUCCGACAUCUGCGAUUUACUCCUAGUGCUGACUCAGAUGAUUCUACCCAAGCUCCUCUUGUCAACAUUAAUCCCUUUACACCAGAGUCUUAUCGACAAACGCUCUUUCUUCCUAAUGGCAAGCGGAAGACCAGCGGAGAGCUGAGGGAUCCUGAUCCAAGAAGCCAGAUAAAACAGGACAUAACCACAAAGAGAUAUCCUCUGAAAGAGAGCAAUAUGGUUUCCCGCUACAAGAAGGAGUUCCUGGAACUAGAAAAAAUUGGUGUGGGGGAAUUUGGCUCUGUCUACAAGUGCAUCAAACGCCUUGAUGGAUGUGUUUAUGCCAUCAAACGCUCCAAAAGGCCUCUGGCAGGAUCCUCGGAUGAGCAGCUGGCACUGCGCGAGGUUUAUGCUCAUGCUGUCCUUGGACACCACCCCCAUGUUGUGCGCUACUACUCAGCGUGGGCAGAGGACGAUCACAUGAUUAUCCAAAAUGAACACUGCAAUGGUGGGAGUCUUCAAGAUGUGCUGCUGGAAAAUGCAAAGCUUGGCCAGUACUUCCCAGAAGCAGAGCUGAAAGAAAUAUUGUUACAAGUCUCCAUGGGGCUAAAAUACAUCCACAACUCCGGCCUUGUGCACUUGGAUAUCAAACCUAGUAAUAUCUUCAUCUGUCACAAGCUGGCAGCUGCAGGCCCUGCUGGGCAGGAAGAGAGUGACAGCGAAGAUGAAUUCUCUUCUGGUGUGGUGUAUAAGAUUGGUGACCUUGGCCAUGUGACAUCAAUAACAAACCCUCAGGUUGAGGAAGGAGACAGACGGUUUUUGGCCAAUGAGAUCUUGCAAGAGCAAUACUGUUAUUUGCCAAAGGCAGACAUCUUUGCCCUGGCACUCACAGUAGCUCUAGCAGCUGGCACAGCACCGCUGCCUCACAACGGGGCCAUGUGGCACCACAUCCGCAAAGGCAACAUCCCGCCGAUCCCCCAGAAGCUUCCUCAUCGUUUUCUUGAACUCCUCAAGCUCAUGAUCCAUCCUGACCCAGCGGAAAGACCUUCUGCUACAGCUCUUACUAAACAUCCAGUUCUCUGUCCUUCACGUGGAAAAGCUGUGCAGCUCCAGAAGCAGCUAAAUGUGGAGAAGUGCAAGACUGCCAUGCUGGAAAGGGAACUUAAAGCAGCCCGCCUUGCCCAGACCCUCAUGAAGGACCAGGCCUUAGGAAGUGCCAAGUUUCAAGAGUCUGAAACAUCUUCUAAGCAGAACAGCAAGCGCUUGGUGGGAGGGAAGAGCUGUCGCUCAUUUAGCUUUACUUUGGGUUACUGA